UUUUAGUCAUUGCGGAUUGGUCCUAAAGAAUUACUUAAUAAAUAAACUAGUAAUAAACAGCAAUAACUUUGGUGUGCUUAUUGAAUUUUAAAGAUUAAUGUGACUAGCCAAACCCAGACAAACAAGUUGCCCAUAAAAUGAGCAGAAUACAGGUCGAUCCAAAGUUGUUUGUUACAUGUCGACUUUGUUUGGAUGAUACUGGCCAGUAUCAAAUUGUUCCAACAGUUCAAGAACAAAUUAAAUUUUGUUUUGAUAUUCUCGUGGAACCAUUUGAUGGCUUGCCUCAGUUAAUAUGCCAGACAUGUGAGCAACGACUUUCGGAAUACUACAAGAUAAAGAAAUCCUAUGUACAAAAACAGACAGAUCUUAAAUCAAAAUUAGGAUCUAAGGAUUUAGGAUUAAUCCAAUCACAACAGAAUGAUGUUACCUCCAGUCAGUUUAAUGAAUUGGAAAAUGACGGUCAAAUAACGAAAAAACAUGUUUUAAAAAGAAAAAGAAUGAUUUCAUCAUCAUCAAGUGAUUGUGAUCCGCCAGUAGAAAAAAAACCUUGGAAAAAUGAUUCUGAAGUUUGUGAAUCCAAAAAAUUCGGAUGCCGGUUAUGUAAUUGUUGUUUUACUAGCAAAUUGGAUAUAUUUUCACAUUUAAACAAUUCUCACACAGAGGUCAAUAAGAAGUUCAAGAAAAUAUUUGAAAAACAUUGUACUGUGCAACUAACAAAACUAGAUAAUAGCCCAAAUCCAACUGGAAUACUGAAUUCUGUAAUAUUAAGUGAUGGUAAAAUUAUUGAAGGUAAACAUCCAAAGUAUUAUGUAUUUUUUUCUAAUAGAGAAAUAAAUAUCAAAGCAAAGGAGCUCAUUGAUGAGCAAGAAUUGAAGGAUUCAAAUAUUAAGCUAGAAGAAGAAAAUUGCCAUUUGUCAAACUUUUCAUACCAUACAGAUGACACAGUUUUUGCAGAUGCUAAUGAAAACUUUAAUUACAUUGAAGAGUGCAGUGAUCAAGAAAUAAAGCAAGAAGAAUGUAUAAAAAUUGAUGAUUCGUCUAAUGAUUCUAAUGAUAGUAAUAUGAUUGUAAGGAGAAAUUCGAGAUUAAACAAUUUGAACUCUAAGGAUGACAUUCAUAAAACAAUUCAAAAUAUAGUAUCUAUGUGCCAGAAUACACAUAAAAAUCGAAUGACACCAUCUGCAAGUUCAGACUGUAAAAGUUUCAAUAAUACUGAAUCUCAACUAAAACGUAAAGUCCUGAAUAUAGGUAGGAAGACUGUUAAUUCGCAUGGUUUUAAAUGUACUGGGUUACUGAGAUAUCUGGAGUCGAAAAACCUUGAAAUUCUUUGGCUUCAGAGAUGUUAUGCUGAUUCUGAAACUGGUUCAAAUAUGAUACACAUUAAUACUAAGUUAAAAUAUGAAAAAUUAGAUUAUAAUGCAGGCUGGAUCCCAUUCUUUCAAGCUCAACCAGGGAAUCAGUUAGUUCCAUGUGUGUCAACUGAUACACUACUGCAAACUGAUGAAGAGGAAAGUGUUGUGUCUAAUUUAACAAAUGCAGAAAAUACAAAGUUAUUAAAUCCUAAUCCAGUAGCCAAUCCAAAACAAUUUCCAAAAAAGAAUAAUUUACUUACAGAAAAUGAGACAGAUACUAAACAUUCUAGAAAGAAAAGUAAAAAUAUGUCUAAAGGUAACAGAUCUAAGAAAGAAGCGUCACUUAUGGUUGAAGUGCCAAAAUUUGAGGAAGAGAAUAUUCUAAUGCCAGUCAUAACAUCAACGACAUCUUUAGCUCCCAAAUAUGAUAAGAAUAAUACACCAGUUAAUAAAUCAGAACCUCAGCUGUCUACUGAUUCCUCAAUUCCUGCUAAAAGUGGCUUUUUACCUCGAAUUAAAGUAAAGCCAGAUAGUGAACUGAUGUCUGAGAAAAUUUUAAGUAAUAUAAACCAAUUACAAAAUUCUCUAGCACAAAGUCAGAAUCAGUUUAAGCAAUGUUUACAAAUAGAUAAUUGCAUUCAGAAAGCUUUUCCACCCCAACAAAACUCACUGAAAAUGGUACAAAACUCAUUUUUAAAUAAGCCACCGAUUCAACAAACGGAACCAUUUACUGCUGUGAGCAGUACCAGCCCAGAAUACGUUAUACUGGAUACCGUAGAUUUACCAAACACGAAAACAGAAUCGCCAAUUGACUAUGUAAAAAAAUUGUUAAAUAUUUAUAGUAUUAUACUCUUAGAUACAACAGAAAAAAUUACUCAAGACUUUGACUGUCUUAUCAAAUUUAAGGUUUGCUUUAAACAAGAAUUGAAGGAUUCUGUGAUAUUAUGUCUAUCCUUGUUUUGUAAAAAAAACUUCUUUUGUAUUAAGGUUAAGGAUAAAAAUCAAGAAAAUGUAGAUAUAGAUGUAUCAAAAAUAUCUCCUGUUUGGCAAUGGGAAAUAAUUAAAGUUUUCCAAGGAGAUAUAGAUAAUAAAAUGUUACACAAUGCUCAAAAGGUGAGCCAGGAAGUUUAUGAAUAUGUUGAAAGUUUCCUAUGUUUACUAAAAUCAAUAAAAUUUGAGAAACCCUCGUAAAUUUUGGUUAACAACAUAAUUAAUUUUUAUUUGUAGUCAAAACCCAAAAGCCCUGUCGCUCGUGUUAGCCUAGUCAAUAUUCAGAACUGACGAAAGGUCCCAGUUAAACCUAUUAUACUUUAUGAAGAUACCGAUGACUAAUGAUUUUUAAUUAAACCCAGGGCUGUAUAAAUUUAAUUACUUUAGACUCGAAACUUACAUUAGGUGUAGAUUCAACUAGGAUUUUAGUUAAGCGAGUGAGAAUAAAUUCUUAAUCAUAAAUAAUACUAUAAAAAUACUUUUGGAAAUGACAUCAACUUAUCAACGUUAAUUAAAUUAUUAAAACAAAGAUUUCCGUCGAAAUAAUAUUUGUGAUAGUUGAGUAUUCUGAAUUUUCUUUUAAUUCAAGAUUUUCGUUAUUUCGCUAUUUUACUAAACCGUGAUUAAUAUGAUUUUUAACACGUGUAUAUUUUCUAAGGCCUACCAUACACACGAUUGUUGUUUUUGAUGUUCGACUAUUACUUUUAUUCUCCCUAGGUUUUGCUUAUCACAUUUUCGUUAGUCAUAUGCCGAAAUUGAAAUGUAUUUAGAAUUUGAAGACCAUUAGACGGAAAUACGACACGUCGGACUUCCAAGGGUAUUAAAAUAUGCAUUAUAGCUACAAAUAGUGAUAAUUGUUUUGUAUCAACUGAUUAUUAUGGUACUUAAUUCAGUAUUGCAGGACCAGAUUAAGGUUUAAAUUAAGUAGAUACUUUGAUGGCACAAUUCUGUGCGUUUUAGUUAUUCGUACAUGUGUAUGUCGCAGGAAAUUAUGUUUUCAUGAUUUUACUUUUUAGAUAUUAAAGUAUUUGAUUGCAACAAUUAAAUUUAUUUUUACAUAA